AUGGUCAACUUCACCGUCGACGAGAUCCGCGCUUUGAUGGACAGGCCGGCAAAUAUCCGUAACAUGUCCGUCAUUGCUCACGUCGAUCACGGAAAGUCUACCUUGACCGAUUCCCUCGUCCAGCGAGCUGGUAUUAUUUCGGCAGCCAAAGCAGGCGAAGCUCGGUUUACGGACACGAGAAAAGACGAACAAGAGCGUGGCAUCACCAUCAAGUCCACUGCCAUCUCUUUGUACGCUCACCUUCCCAACGAGGAGGAUCUCAAGGACAUCCCACAGAAAGUCAAUGGUAAUGAGUUCUUGAUCAACUUGAUUGAUUCACCUGGCCACGUUGAUUUCUCGUCCGAGGUGACAGCUGCUCUCCGAGUCACCGACGGUGCCCUGGUCGUUGUCGACACCAUCGAAGGCGUGUGCGUUCAGACCGAGACCGUGCUGCGACAGGCUCUUGGUGAGCGUAUCAAGCCCGUUGUCAUCAUCAACAAGGUGGAUCGUGCUCUCCUCGAACUGCAGGUCCAAAAGGAAGAUUUGUACCAAUCUUUCCUGCGGACAAUCGAAUCCGUCAACGUCAUCAUCUCCACCUAUCUUGACAAGGCUCUCGGUGAUGUCCAAGUUUGGCCCGAGAAGGGUACUGUCGCUUUCGGUUCCGGCCUCCACGGCUGGGCUUUCACCAUCCGCCAAUUCGCCGUCCGAUAUGCCAAGAAGUUCGGCGUGGACAAGAACAAGAUGAUGGAGCGUCUGUGGGGUGACAGCUACUUCAACCCAAAGACCAAGAAGUGGACAAAGGUUGGGGAGCACGAGGGUCAACGACUCGAGCGUGCCUUCAACCAGUUCAUCCUGGAUCCUAUCUUCAAGAUCUUCGAUGCCUUCACCAAGGGCAAAGUCGACCAGCUUGUCGACCUUUGCGCCAAAUUGGACAUCAAGAUCACCAGCGAGGAGAAGGAAUUGCCCGGCAAGGGCCUUCUCAAGGCUGCCAUGAGGAAAUUCCUGCCAGCCGCUGAUGCGCUUCUGGAAAUGAUGGUUAUCCACCUGCCAUCACCUGUCACUGCACAAAAGUACCGAGCUGAGACUUUGUAUGAGGGUCCUGCCGAUGACCCGUCCUGCAUUGCUAUCCGCGACUGUGACCCCAAGGCCGAUCUCAUGCUCUACGUUUCUAAGAUGGUGCCUACCUCCGAUAAGGGUCGAUUCUACGCCUUCGGUCGUGUCUUCGCUGGUACGGUUCGAUCUGGCUUGAAGGUCCGUAUCCAGGGCCCCAACUAUGUUCCCGGCAAGAAGGAAGAUCUCUUCGUCAAGGCCAUCCAACGCACGGUCCUCAUGAUGGGCAGAACCGUCGAGCCCAUCGACGACAUGCCUGCCGGCAACAUCAUUGGGCUUGUCGGCAUUGAUCAGUUCCUGCUCAAGUCUGGCACUCUCACUACGUCGGAAACCGCGCACAACUUGAAGGUCAUGAAGUUCUCCGUCUCUCCUGUCGUGCGACGCUCAGUCGAAGUCAAGAACGCCAACGACUUGCCCAAGCUUGUCGAAGGUCUCAAGCGGUUGUCCAAGUCAGAUCCUUGUGUGCUGACUCAAAUUUCGGAAUCCGGCGAGCACAUCGUUGCCGGCGCUGGUGAAUUGCACUUGGAAAUCUGCUUGAAGGAUCUCGAGGAAGAUCACGCCGGCGUGCCACUUAAAAUCAGCGACCCCGUCGUCGCCUAUCGUGAGACUGUUGGCGCUGCUUCCAGCAUGACCGCUUUGUCCAAGUCACCCAACAAGCACAACCGCCUGUACGUCAUCGCCGAGCCUCUCGGUGAGGAAGUGUCCAAGGAAAUUGAGGAAGGAAGAAUCAAUCCCCGUGACGACUUCAAGACCCGUGCUCGUAUUCUUGCCGAUGACCACGGCUGGGAUGUCACCGACGCUCGAAAGAUCUGGGCGUUUGGUCCCGAUACCACCGGUCCCAACUUGUUGGUUGACCAGACAAAGGCCGUUCAGUAUCUCAACGAAAUCAAGGACUCCUUUGUGUCUGGUUUCCAAUGGGCCACUCGUGAAGGUCCUAUUGCCGAAGAGCCCAUGCGGUCAAUUCGAUUCAACAUCAUGGAUGUCACCCUCCACGCGGAUGCCAUUCACCGAGGUGGUGGUCAGAUCAUCCCUACGGCUAGACGUGUGCUCUAUGCGUCAACCCUGUUGGCCGAGCCCGGUCUUCUCGAGCCCGUCUACCUGGUUGAAAUCCAAGUGCCCGAACAAGCCAUGGGCGGCAUCUACGGUGUCCUUACCCGAAGAAGAGGUCACGUCUUCUCCGAGGAACAGCGUGUCGGUACUCCCCUGUUCACUGUCAAGGCCUACCUUCCCGUCUUGGAGUCCUUCGGUUUCAACGCCGACCUGCGUGCCGGUACCGGUGGCCAAGCCUUCCCUCAAUCUGUCUUCGACCACUGGCAGAUUCUUCCUGGUGGUUCGCCUCUUGACCCCAACACCAUGGUUGGCAAGAUUGUCACGGAAAUGCGUAAGAGGAAGGGUCUCAAGGAGAACGUGCCAGGCUACGACAACUACUACGACAAGUUGUAA